GGGUCGAACUGCGAGGACACGAAUGGCGACGACUGCGCUGUAAGAAUUUGGUAUGGAGAGUGCCACAAUAACCCCACCUACAUGAACCAACACUGCCGAAGGAGCUGUGACCUCUGCAGCCACACGACAGUGACCGGCGCUGGUGGAGGUACCACAGCAGAGGACGGGCCUACAGCAGGGACAACUCCACACGCAAGCUCCACCACGUGGCAAGGUAUCGUCACUACAGUCGCUUCUUUGGACAACUCCACAAUGUACAAGAAAGGGAACACCAUGUGUUACUACUGCGAGGGGACAUCACGAGAGUGCAUGACGGGAAACGGCCUUGGUGGACAUGUCAUCGAGUGCCAAGAGGAAGAAGCAUGCUGGGUGGAGAGAAUCGGAGAGGGAUUCAACGUGUCGUACAAACGGAGCUGCAAGCCUUCAUGCACCGAUUUCUGGCAGUACGAGACCUGCAUGAUAGCCGACGAGCAGGCAAAGAUGUGCAAGCUGUGCUGCACGGGCGAUAGGUGUAACACCCACAUCCUGACGGACCACAACGACCCUCGGGCCCCCGCCCGAAGUGGCAACAGUGGUGCCGAGGGGAUAUUGGCGUCCCUCGGGCUUGUGUCUAUCCUCGCUGUCGCAAUGUGUGCGGAAAUUCUCUCACUUAUUACUUAG